AUGCGUUCCACCGUCGCUAUCGCCUCGCUCGUCUCCCUUUCGACCUUGGUCGUCGCCCAAGGUGGCUACGGUCGCUUCCAGUGCACCCUCGUCAACGGCGACGGCACCUUCUCGGCUGACCCCAACCAGUGCGCCGACAGCGCCUUGAUCCCCACCGGCACCAACGACCCGACCUCGCCUUACCAGGGUGACCAGCCUCCCCCUACCGGCGCGCAGUGCGUCCAGGACCUCAAUGGCCGAUACUACUGCGGUAUUGCGGGCGCUUCGUGCACCAGUGACGCCAACUGCGACAACGGUGUCUGCUCGGGCGGUGUCUGCACCGGCACCUACAACGCCCAGUGCGGGGCCGACGACUCGCUCUGCCUCGGCUACCUCUACUGCACCGACCCCUUCGGCAACCCUGCUUCGGGCGUCUGCGGCGGAAUCGGCAACUACUGCCAGGACUACACUGAGGGCAGCAACACCAACUCGGACGCCGUCAACGAGGCGCUGUGGAACCAGAACUGCGCCAGCGGCUACUGCAGCUUCAACCAGGGCGUUUGCGCUAACCACGUCACCAACAUCGGCGGAUCCUGCGCCGACGACCCCGAGUUCGCCUGCACGGUUGACCAGGUCACCGGUCGCGCGCUCACCUGCGACCCGACCACCAACACCUGCCAGCUCCUCGCUGUCCCCUCGGCCCGCGCCCGCGCACGCCGCAACGAGGCCUUCUUCAAGCGCAAUGCGUGCCCCGCUUCGCACACCGCUUGCCGCAUCGAGGGCCAGCGCGGCUUCGAGUGCAUCGACACGUCGUCCAACAUCGAGCAGUGCGGUGCUUGCGCGACCGAGGGCGGCGUCGACUGCACUGGUCUUCCCGGUGUCGAGGCUGUCGGUUGCGUUGCCGGCGUCUGCGAGAUCUGGUCGUGCCAGGACGGCUACACUUGGGACUCGGCUACCGCUUCGUGCAAGGCCUAA